AUGUCUCGGAAACUCGACAGCCCUGUGCAGACUCAGAUGGCUGUGGCAGUGAUAAGGAGCAGUCCCCUUGGGAGAGAGUACCAUGGAAAGCAACCUGCGGGGCGAAGACGGGUGUUUGUGCAAACAGAGAAAGGGUGUGUGUUGGGUAUGGAGUUGGAUCGGGGUGACAAUGCACACACUGUUAAGAGGAGGUUGCAGCUUGCUUUGAACGUCCCAAUUGAGGAGAGUAGUUAUCUCACUUUUGGGGAUAUUGUGUUGAAAAAUGACCUUAGUGCUGUUCGGAAUGAUUCUCCCCUUUUGCUCACUCGAGGAAAUCACAUCCAUAGGAGCUCCUCCACUCCCUGUCUUUCUCCUAAGGGGAGGGACAUCCAGCAGAGGGAUAAGAGUGGCCCUAUUGAGAUAUUGGGACAGUCAAAUCGCCUUGAUAGGAUCAAGCACAUGAUCAAGGACAUUAUGAAGGCGAUUAAGAUGGGGAUUGAUCCUAUUCCAGUGCAUAGUGGGCUUGGCGGUGCAUACUAUUUCAGGAACAGUAAGGGGGAUAGUGUUGCAAUUGUGAAGCCCACGGAUGAGGAGCCUUUUGCUCCAAAUAACCCAAAAGGUUUUGUUGGAAAGGCACUUGGGCAGCCUGGGCUGAAGAGAUCGGUUCGGGUUGGGGAAACUGGGUUUAGGGAGGUUGCAGCAUAUCUUCUAGACUAUGAUCAUUUUGCCAAUGUGCCACUGACUGCACUGGUAAAGAUCACCCACUCGGUGUUCAAUGUGAAUGAUGGUGUCAAUGGGAACAGUUUUUGGAGGAAGAGGCUGGUUAGCAAGAUUGCGUCUUUCCAGCAGUUCAUUCCUCAUGAUUUUGACGCCAGUGAUCAUGGGACAUCGAGCUUCCCGGUUGCUUCGGUGCAUCGUAUAGGGAUUUUGGACAUUAGGAUUCUUAACACAGACAGGCAUGCUGGGAACUUGUUGGUUAGGAAACUUGAUGGCAUUGGAACUUUAGGUCAGGUGGAGUUGAUCCCCAUUGAUCAUGGGCUCUGCCUGCCUGAAACUUUGGAGGAUCCAUAUUUCGAGUGGAUUCAUUGGCCACAGGCUUCAAUUCCUUUUACAGAGGAUGAACUUGCCUACAUUGACGAUCUUGACCCUUAUCGAGAUUGUGAGAUGCUGAGAAUGGAGCUUCCGAUGAUCCGAGAGGCCUGUCUCAGAGUCUUGGUGCUGUGCACCAUUUUCCUCAAGGAGGCUGCGGCUUAUGGCCUUUGUCUUGCUGAAAUUGGUGAGAUGAUGACUAGGGAGUUCCGUAGGGGAGAGGAGGAGCCCAGUGAACUCGAGGUUGUUUGUUUGGAGGCGAGGAAAAUAGUGGCGGAGAGGGAGGAACCUUCUCCCAGGGCUGAGAUGAGAGAUGAUGAGUUUCAGUUUGAUAUAGAUUAUGAUGAAGUUGGACAAGAUUUUACACCUAAGAUGACAAUGGAUGACCCUUCAACCAGAGGAACUUUUCAGCCUGCACUUGGAAACGGGUAUGCCCGCAACCCACUUUUCAAGUUGGAUGAAUGCAUCGAGGAGGAAGAGGUUGAAUCUACUCAGGAAUUUGUUACUUAUUGUGCUGAAGAAAAAAUCCCAACUGUUUCAGAACUAUCCGUGUCACUGAAAAAUACUAUUUUAGAUGGAAAAAAUCAGAAUCAACAGAAAUAUUCUGGAGGAAAGGUGGAUAAUGGCCAUUUUGCAAAUUCGUCGUCUGGUCACAAGAGUGCCAAUGAGCAGCUUCCUGCAAGCAUAAGCUUUGUGGAUGUGGCAGAUAUGACUGAAGAUGAAUGGACAUUGUUUCUGGACAAGUUUCAAGAGCUGCUGUAUCCAGCAUUUGCCAAGAGGAAAUCCAUAACCUUAGGUCAGAGGCAGAGACAGAGACUUGGUACUUCGUGCCAGUUUUGA